GUUAGUGUACGUACGUCACGAGGCGAGUGUUUUUAAAUGGAUAAACGAAUAGGAAAUUCCGCCAUAUGUGAGUUUUUAAAUGCAAAGAAUAUCAAACCAGUUGAUAUUCAUCGUCAAAUUUGUGAAGUUUAUGGAGAAAAUGCUAAACAGACACUGACUACUCGAAAAAUCAUGUGCACGGUGUUUUGAGACAGAGAAGGAGUUUUGUUAGUAGAAUUUUUACCGCGUGGUCAAACAAUCAACGCAAAUUCUUAUUGCGAGACGCUUAAAAAACUACCUAGUGCAAUAAAAAAUAAACGACGAGGUAUGCUUAGCCGUGGCAUUGUUUUAACGACAAUACUCGCCCGCACACAGCAAAUGUGACGAAACAACUUGCAGAUUUUGCAUGGGACACAAUUUAAUCAUCCGCCCUACAGUCCAGAUUUAGCACUCAGUGAUUUUCAUCUUUUUUUACACAUGAAAUUAUUUAUGGGUGGCUAGAACUUCAACGAAGAUGAUGAGAUGAAAAAGGUUGUUAGCGCAUGGUUACAAUCACAGACGUCAUCUUUCUAUGAUGAAGGGAUACAGAAACUAGUACCUCGAUAUGAUAAGUGCUUUAAUAAUGGUGGUAAAAAUCCUUAUCUAACAAAAUAAAAAUGAACAGCAAGAAUGAAGAAAUUAAAAAGAAAAACCAUGGAAGAGUGAAUAGUAACAAAGAACAAUCUGAAAAAAAUAAAAUGAUUGAAGAACGAAAACAAAAAUUGGAUCAACUGAGAAAAACAACAAGAAAAAUAGCUGAAGAAUCUGCCAGGAAUGCGGCUAAAAAGUUGAGUUGUAGAAAUGAAAAUAAAAAAUCAAAUACUGCCAAAAACAUUGAAGUAGCAUCUAAAUCUACACAGGAAACUAAAACUUUGAUAACAAAACCUAAAAUAAGCAACUCUAUGAUGACAUCACCACAGAUAAUAGAAGAAAGCACAACAUUGAGUAUGUCAGUGAAAGUUUCUGAAAAAACAAAAUCACCAAUUAUUACUCAAAAGGUUUGUAAUAUACAGGGAAGUGAUGAUUGUGCUCCAAUGACAUUUGAAUUAAAAUCUGAUUAUAAAAUUGAGCAUGAAUACAGAGAAAUAUCCAUUGUGGAUAAUAUGAACAGUUCAAUCAAUUAUCAAAAACAUUCAAUGAUAGAAAUGACGACACUUAGCCAAAAUCAAAGAGAAAUUUCUAUAUUAGAACGCGAAUUUCAUUCUAAAACUGAAUUAAUGAACAACGGAAGUAAUUUUACUAGUGUAGAAACGCAAACAGAAUUCGUUCACUGUAAUGAAAAUUUUGAAAUGGAAGAGGAAUCAAAUUGUUUCCAGCCAUUAUCACGAAGACCAUCAUAUAUUGCAUUGGACAGUAAAAUAUCUAAUUUAUUGGAUUUAUCGAAGAAAUCUAGUCAACAUUUGCAAAAACUUAGUUCUAUAAUUAUCGAAAAAACAUCAUCUAUUCAGGAUAAGAUUGACCACAAUAAACAAAAUAUUUGUCAAAGUUUGUCAUCUUUGCAGUUAUUAUCUAAAAAUACUCUAGAGACAAGCAAGUGUGAACAAGAUUGUAUUGUGUCCACUGAUUUACACAAUCAAACCUCUUACUAUGAUUUAAUAUCACAACAAGAACAAGAGUUAAGGAACAUCCCAUUAACAAAGGAAUACAAAAGCUUAGAUUCAAUUAAGAAAUUUGAAAAUUCAAUUACUGCUACGUCAACUUUGAAUCAAAAGCAAUCAAAACAUUCAGCAGUAGACAUAAUUAAAAGUUGCGCUCUCGACAACCAAUCUAUUAUAGACCAUUGGGUUCUUCCUGUUCAAAAAUUCCGUUCUAUGGCUAUACAAACAGAAUCAAUUCAUUUUACAGAAUUUGUUACCCCAAAAAUAAGAAAUGAAGUUCAAAAUCAGAGUCAACUAACGUGCAAUUGUGUGGAUAGCAAUUACAACUGUAAUGGUUGCUUAAGGAGACUUGAUUAUUAUGAUGUAUCUCAAAUUAAACUUUCGAGUGUCUGUUUUAAACAAUUAUUGUCGAAAGUAAAAAAACAAUUAGAGGAUUUGAACAAUGAUAAUAGUUCGUCAACUCAAUUCUCUAAUGAUAAUUUUUGUGAUUUACCUUAUAAUGGUUUAUUUUUGAUUAAUGAGAGAAAGAUUUCUUAUGGGUCAGAUAUUAACAAAAAAAUUAUAGAUUUUUUUAAACAAACGACAAGAUAUUUAAUGAAAAAAGAAGAGAAAAAUAUAAAACAAAUUUUCUCGAUUCUGUCUUUAAAAGAAAACACAAUGAAUGAACGUCUUAAUUUCGCACUUGUUAUGCGUGGUUUAUACUUAGAUCUUUUUAAGGGUAAACCAGACUACGAAAUACAAAUUGAAAUGUACGAGGAUAAUAUUGAAAAUAUAAAAAAAGUAAUUCAUAAUAUUAAAAUAUUACGUGAAACUGCUACAGACAUGUAUAAUGAAAGAAUUAUAAAACUAAAUGAAGAUUUACAAGAGAACAACAAAAAUUCUAAGGCAAUAGACUAAAUAUUUAAAAAAAAAAAAAUAGGAAUUAAAUUACUCAAAUUUUGAAUUUGGGGAAAAUGUUAUUUUUAUUUUGU